AUGGCGAUGGCAGACAAGACUCUACCCUCGGUCACCGCCGACUCCAUGGACGACGCCCUGCAUAGGCUCUCCCGGAAACCUGGCGUCAAGGGCUGGAUCAUGCUCGACCGCACAACCGGCGCCGUGGUGAAGACCAACGGCCAGAUCUCCACCAUUAGACCAGCUCGCUCGAGCAGUACCACCUCUCUCCCGACCCCGACCGGGGGUUCAUUCUCCACCGAUGUGAAUGCAAAUACGAACAACGAAACGCAAGCAGCGCAGGAGCUGGGAAGCAUGGUCUGGAGCUUUUUGAGCACGGCGGGCACUUUGGUGCAGGAGCUGGACACAGAUGAUGAACUGAAGCUAUUGCGACUACGGACGAAGAAACAGGAACUCGUCAUUGUGCCCGAGGUCAAAUACAUACUCGUCGUGGUCCACGAUACGCCUCCUGCUUGA